UUCUUUGCUUCCUAUAGUUGCAGUGUGAUGUUAUAUAGCCGAAAGUCUUCCUCGAUAAAUGGUCUAGUCAACGCAAAUAUAAUUUUUCAAUUCGAACCGGUAGUUCCUGUGAUUAGUGCGUUCAAACAAACUCUUCAGCUUUAUAAUAUUAAGUAUAUAAGUAUAUAUUAAAGUUCAGUGUCAAAUCUGUCAAUGUCUUCAGUCAUUCUAGUUUUUCUUUCAUUCAUGUCAUGUCAGGAUUUCUCGUGUUUUGUGUUGGUUGAUUUUAUUUACACUUUAAUAAAAAUAAUUAAAAAUUACUUAAUUUGGCCUCAACACUACCUUAAAAUCAAUUCAAUUAACUUUAGUUACAUUAUUCAAAUAAGUCAUUUGGAAUGAGUGAUCGCGCCUUCGGACCAUAUGUUUGACUUGUUUGAUAACAAACGGGAGGUCACAGUAGAAAAGUUGUAGAAAAUGUCCUCAAAUUUAGAGGCCGAGGACUUUAAUGUGCCUCUGGUACGAAUGGAAGAUGUUCAGCCAGACAUUUAUUGUAUGAAAGAGGAGAAUGAUUUAGAGACUUACAUAGAUGAUGAUUUGGAAUACGACAAUGAAUUUAUUGUUGAUAACGAUGAGGAUUCUAAUAUCGGGAGCAUGGUGUCUAUACACUCUGAAGAGGUCCCGGAGGAUAGCGAUAGCGCUGAAGUUAUAGUACCAGAGGUUCUGGAUUCAAAAAUAGAGCGCAAGCCAGUCAUUAUCAAAGAAAAUUAUGAAGAAAUAAACGCAGAAAAAAAUCUAGACAGUUGGCCUACUCUCGAAAUCCUACCAGGCGGUGUGAUAAAACGGGGAGAGAAAUGUAAUACCAACCUUACGACGUUGCGCACAGAGAACGAAUUGUCUUCGGAAUACAACAACGCUAACAUUUACGCUUGUGCGAAAUGUUCACAGAGCUUCAAGUUCUUGUUUUGUCUCGUGAAGCAUGUGCGGAUGCACGAAGAGAUUGCCAAGAGGAAACAUCGGGAGAUGGCGAAAUUAGUUCCAGGGCCGAAGGAAACGAAAUUUUUGAAGUUAACCAAACGUAAAGCUGUAGCGAAAACCUGCAAGAAAAAAGUCCCCAUACGAAAUAAGACAAAAUCAUAGCUUAAGGUAUUCCAUAGAUGCAAAUUAAGUACAAAUAUUUAGAGCUAACAACUGAAUAUGCCAUACAUUAGUUUGAAUACUAACCAAUGUUCUUACGGUGAGCGGUGGUGAUACCUGAACAUUUGAGCAACUGGAUGUAUAACUAUCAUCCAUUAUAGGUUUGGUUCUCUUGCAGUGGUCAUGGAAGUCAGAUGGGAUUUGUUUCCUGUAAAAAUCAGACUUAUACAAUCCAGAACGUACUCUGAGCUCGAGAGGACUUCAGAGUGGUGAAUGUGAAACCGGGACUAUAGCCUUAAAGUAUUUGUAUUUAAUGUGUAUAUCUUGUGUUAUUCAUUGUAGAGUAUAAAAUUAGGUUUCGUUUGUUUGUAAUAUGCUGUUACAAGAAAUAGUACAUAGAAAAGAAAUAAAUCACUAGCAAUGGGUGACUUAUCUCAUGAAAGUAUAUCUUCCAGUUAACCGGCAUAAUUUCAUUGUUGAGACUCAAUUAUAUUUAAAAAACAGUUCAAUUUAAAACUGUAAGCCACGUUCAGCUGUAUAAAGCCUGAUGAUGGAAUUGAGAUUCUAAUAGUGACAGAAUGGUGUUAAAAGAAAAAUGCCAAGUUUAUUGGCUCUUCCCUUGGUUGACUUGACAAUAUGCCUGUGAGGAGAAUCAGAUGGCUCACACAAUGUUUUUUUUUUCAUCCAUACCAGACCAGCAUAAAAGCUAAACAAGUUACCUUUGAUUUUGAUUAUUUAUUUUAUCAAAUCUCAUUAUUAUUGUACGAAGUACAAAUUAUUAAAUUUUUGUAGAUACUUUAAAUCUGAACGUGAUCUAUUGAUCUUUUCGAGAUUGUUGGCUCUGUCUUCCCCGCAAGGGAUAUAGACGUGAUUAUAUGUAUGUAUGUAUGUAGAUAGUUUCGCACGAAGUUAAGUAUUACCACUUUUAUAAGUUACAACGCUGUGUGUGCGUGUGCGCAGAAGUCUUAAUUUUUGUAUGACGCGUAAAAUAUAGCCAAUCAGAGCGCGCCAGUUGAAUCCGCGAACUCAAUUGUACCGUUAUUGAGAGCGAGAUGGCAGGAGGCCGUUUUUGGAUUUUAAGUUUAAU